AAUAUAAUAGAAGAGAGGAGCAGAUUGUACCCGCCAAGUACAUGACAUGAUCUACUUUGAGCUGUUUAUCCGCAACAACAAAGUAAUAAUUGUGCCUUCAAAAGCUGCCACCCCAAGAUUCUAGAGUGAGACAAAGAAAUAGAGAGACAAAGAAAUAGGUAAGGGAAACAUGAUACACAGAAGAGAGAGAAAACAGAAGUUCUCUGAAAAUUAGAUUGAGAUGGUUGAAAAGGCUGAAACUUUGGAGGCUGUGUUGAAGGAAGUUGUGGAUUUGGAGAAUGUGCCAAUUGAAGAGGUUUUUCAAACUUUGAGGUGUAAUUCAAAUGGUCUCACAACAGAGGCUGCAGAGCAGAGGCUCACGAUUUUUGGAUACAAUAAGCUUGAGGAAAAGCAGGAGAGUAAGUUUUUGAAGUUUUUGGGUUUUAUGUGGAACCCUCUUUCAUGGGUGAUGGAGGCAGCAGCUAUCAUGGCUAUUGCUCUUGCUAAUGGAGGAGGAAAACCGCCUGACUGGCAAGAUUUUGUUGGAAUUAUUACUUUGCUUCUUAUCAAUUCUACUAUAAGUUUUAUAGAGGAGAACAAUGCUGGUAAUGCUGCUGCUGCUCUUAUGGCUCGUCUUGCUCCCAAAGCCAAGGUCCUUCGUGAUGAAAGGUGGAUUGAGGAGGAUGCCUCCAUUCUUGUUCCUGGUGAUAUUAUCAGUGUUAAGCUUGGGGACAUUAUUCCUGCAGAUGCAAGACUUCUUGAAGGAGAUCCAUUGAAAAUUGAUCAGUCUGCUCUUACCGGCGAGUCUCUUCCUGUGACAAAAGGACCUGGUGACAGUGUUUAUUCGGGUUCUACAUGCAAGCAAGGAGAGAUUGAAGCUGUGGUCAUUGCCACAGGCGUCCAUACAUUCUUUGGAAAGGCUGCCCACCUAGUAGAUACAACAAAUCAAGUGGGACACUUUCAAAAGGUAUUGACAGCUAUUGGGAAUUUCUGUAUAUGCUCUAUAGCCAUCGGGAUGAUAAUAGAAAUAAUUGUCAUGUACCCAAUUCAACACCGGAAAUAUCGUCCAGGAAUUGACAAUUUACUAGUACUUCUUAUUGGAGGAAUUCCUAUUGCAAUGCCCACAGUUUUAUCUGUGACAAUGGCAAUAGGGUCACAUCGGUUAUCUCAGCAGGGAGCUAUUACAAAACGAAUGACAGCAAUAGAAGAAAUGGCAGGCAUGGAUGUCCUUUGCAGUGAUAAAACUGGGACUCUGACCUUGAAUAAACUUACCGUUGAUAAGAAUCUGAUUGAGAUAUUUGCUAAAGGAGUAAACCCAGAUGCUGUUGUUCUGAUGGCAGCUAGAGCCUCUCGAGUGGAAAACCAGGAUGCGAUAGAUGCUGCUAUAGUGAACAUGUUGGCUGAUCCAAAGGAGGCACGAGCUGGAAUUCAAGAAGUGCACUUUCUUCCAUUCAACCCAACAGACAAGCGAACAGCUUUGACAUAUAUUGAUAGUGAAGGCAAAAUGCAUCGGGUCAGCAAAGGAGCACCAGAGCAGAUCCUGAAUCUUCUACGCAACAAAUCAGAUAUAGAACGUAGAGUUCAUGCAGUGAUUGAUAAGUUUGCAGAGCGUGGUUUAAGAUCUCUUGCAGUAUCGUACCAGGAAGUGCCUGAAGGAAGAAAGGAAAGCUCAGGAGGUCCAUGGCAAUUUAUUGGACUCAUGCCUCUAUUUGACCCUCCUAGACAUGAUAGUGCAGAGACAAUCCGAAGGGCAUUGAAUCUUGGGGUAAAUGUAAAAAUGAUCACAGGUGAUCAACUGGCAAUAGCAAAGGAAACAGGACGCCGCCUGGGAAUGGGAACCAACAUGUAUCCUUCAUCAGCCUUGUUAGGACAGAACAAGGAUGAGUCAAUUGGUGCUUUACCCGUUGAUGAUCUUAUUGAAAAAGCUGAUGGAUUUGCUGGUGUUUUCCCUGAGCACAAAUAUGAGAUUGUGAAACGUUUGCAAGCUAGGAAGCACAUAUGCGGAAUGACUGGUGAUGGAGUAAAUGAUGCUCCUGCUCUUAAGAAGGCUGAUAUCGGAAUAGCUGUUGCCGAUGCAACUGAUGCAGCUCGUAGUGCUUCUGAUAUUGUCCUAACAGAACCUGGCCUCAGUGUCAUCAUUAGUGCUGUACUAACAAGUCGAGCGAUCUUCCAGAGAAUGAAAAAUUACACUAUAUAUGCAGUCUCUAUAACAAUUCGUAUUGUGCUUGGUUUCAUGUUACUGGCACUUAUAUGGAAGUUUGACUUCCCGCCCUUUAUGGUGCUGAUUAUUGCUAUACUGAAUGAUGGAACAAUUAUGACAAUAUCAAAGGAUAGGGUGAAACCAUCUCCUCAGCCUGACAGUUGGAAGUUGGCAGAGAUCUUUACAACUGGAAUCAUUCUUGGUGGCUACCUGGCUAUGAUGACUGUCAUUUUCUUUUGGGCAGCAUAUAAGACAGAUUUCUUUCCUCGAACAUUUGGGGUUUCCAGCCUUCAAAAGAAAGAUGUGCAAGACUUUAGAAAGCUUGCCUCAGCAAUUUACCUGCAAGUGAGCACCAUUAGUCAAGCCCUCAUAUUUGUUACUCGGGCUCGGAGUUGGUCUUUUGUUGAGCGUCCUGGCCUUUUACUUGUAGCUGCUUUUGUUAUUGCUCAGCUGAUUGCUACACUAAUAGCUGUCUAUGCAAAAUGGAGCUUUGCUGCAAUUGAAGGGAUCGGGUGGGGUUGGGCUGGUGUGGUCUGGCUCUACAACCUCAUCUUCUAUUUUCCACUUGAUUUUAUCAAGUUUUUCACCCGAUAUGCCCUAAGUGGGAAGGCUUGGGAUCUAGUCAUUGAGCAAAGGAUUGCCUUCACAAGGAAGAAGGAUUUCGGAAAGGAAGAACGUGAGCUUAAAUGGGCACACGCACAAAGGACCCUGCAUGGGUUGCACCCACCUGAUACCAAGAUGUUCAAUGAACGUGGUAGUUUCAACGAACUUAACCAGAUGGCUGAAGAGGCAAAAAGACGAGCUGAGAUUGCUAGGUUCAGAGAAUUAACUACCUUGAAAGGGCAUGUUGAGUCAGUAGUAAGACUGAAAGGUCUGGAUAUCGACACAAUUCAGCAAGCCUACACCGUCUGAUGUACUCUGAUUGAUCCAUUUUGCUUCUUCUGAGGUACAUUAUACUUCAUAAGAGAAUAAUUGUAAAAUGUGUAAUUUAUCUUCUGAAUAUAUAAAUCAUAAUCCUCCAGCAGAUAUGUAUCAUAUUUUAGGUCAAGAGUUUCUCAAUAUAUACAAAACUACUUGGAUAUAGUUUGUUUGCUGCUCAAAAUCAUUUGUUUUGUUAUGUGA